AUGUCAUUGAUUACCAAACCGACCAUCAUUCUCGUGCAUGGCGCAUGGCAUGGCUCGUGGUGCUGGAAAUUUCAAAUCCCCGCACUUGAGGCUCUCGGCUAUACUGUAGAGGCCGUGGACUUACCAUGCGUCAGCGGGGUAGCCAGUACGACGCAGUUCGACGAUGCAGCCCACGUACGGUCCGUUGUGGAAGCACAGACGUCUAUGGGUAAGCGCGUCGUUGUGCUAGCGCAUUCCUACGGAGGACCGAUUGCGAGCGCUGCCAUCAAGGGACUGUCCGAAAAAGGCGUGCUGGGGAUGAUCGCUCUAUGUGCCUUUAUCUUCCCUGGGGGCAUGGACCAAGGCGCGGCGAUUCGUGCCAUUGGCAGCCUGAGCUACGUGAUGUGGGACGUGCCGAGUGAAGGUCUUUUUCAAGCGAAAGAACCCCGCGGCUUGUUCUUUCCUCCAGAUGUGCCGGAGGAUCGAGUCGACUGGGCAGUAUCGCAGCUUCGCCCUCAGAGCAUGGCAGCCAAUCUGGGAAUUGUGCCCCCUCAGGCCUGGCAGGACGAGUCUUAUAAUGGGAGAUUAGGCUAUAUCAGGUGCACAGCUGAUGCCGUCAUUCCAAUUGAACGGCAGGACGGCAUGGUAGCAGGCGCAGGUGGCCAGGAAAAAUGGGUAGUUCGCACUCUCGAAGGAUCCGGCCACAGUCCCUUCCUUUCGCGACCACAUGAAGUAGCUGCUGCACUGCAGGAGAUCGUGGAUGUUUUUGAAGCCAACGUCUGA